AUGGCACACCCGUUACACGAGGAUGAGGAUUAUAUGUCUGAUGCUCUCCUCAGUAAAAUACAAGAUGUGAAACCGGGAGUCAGCAUGGUGAAACGGGUAAAGGAAGCCAUGAAGAGGGAGACGCAGAUAAAGGAGAACAACAUCAAGAACCGUCAGAAGACUUACAAGGAGCAGGAAACGGAAAGUCGGGAAGCAGCGUUGGAAAGCUCCAUCAGCCACAACAACAGGGGAUUUGCACUACUGCAGAAAAUGGGUUACAAAGCUGGUCAAGGUCUCGGGAAGCAAGGAGCCGGGAGGGUUGAUCCUAUUUCUAUUAACAUCAAAACUGACAGAGGUGGUAUCGGAAUGGAGGAGGUGAAGAAAAGAAAAGCAGAGGAGGAACUUGAACAUUAUAGACAGAAAGUGCGAGUCAAGCAACAGAAUGAGACCAAAUCUCUGGAAGAUUUUAGGUCGAGAGUAAGGACGGAGAGGGAAGAGCGUAAGAUUGAGGGGGAUCUCAGAAAGAGUCAGAGAGCCUGUGAGCAGCUCGACAGUCAAAAGGCCAUCACUGUCCCCAGAGAAGACUGGUACUGGCCAAUAGCAGAUGCUGAUGACAAGGAAGAUGCUGAUGACGAGGAGGAGGAAGAGGUGGAAGAGGAGGAGGAAGAGGAGGAGGAGGAGGAGGAGAAGAAGGAAGAAGAGGAGAUUGUGGAAUUAACUUCUUUUGACAAACUGCAAAUUUUGACUUCCUAUUUGAGGGGAGUCCAUUUUUACUGCAUAUGGUGUGGUACCACCUAUAAUGAUGAAGAGGACCUAUGCUCUAAUUGUCCUGGGGAUACGGCAGCAGACCACGAAUAA